CUAAAAUCCUAACUAUAACUAUAUAUUCAUAAUACUAAUUACUUUACCUAAUAAUGCAAAUGUCAUCUUCAUCAUCUUCUUUUAUUUUCUUGUCCUCUAUUUAUGCUGAUGAAUCGGCACUAAUCACAAUAACAAGUGUAGUAGUAGUAGUAGUACUAUUAGUGCUUCAAUGGCGGUUGCACCGGAAAGAGCAAAGAAGACGGCUACCACCUGGUUCCAUGGGUUUACCUUACAUAGGAGAAACACUCCGCCUCUACACAGAGAAUCCUAAUUCCUUCUUCGCCACUCGCCAAAACAAGUACGGUGAGAUAUUCAAGACGCACAUAUUGGGAUGUCCAUGUGUGAUGAUAAGUAGUCCAGAGGCAGCAAGAAUGGUAUUAGUGAGCAAAGCUCACUUGUUCAAGCCAACUUAUCCUCCUAGCAAAGAACGUAUGAUUGGACCAGAGGCUCUUUUCUUUCACCAAGGUCCGUACCAUUCUACCCUAAAGCGGCUUGUUCAGUCAUCCUUCUUGCCUUCAGCUCUCAAACCAACCGUUUCUCACAUCGAGCUCCUUGUCCUCCAAACCCUUUCCUCUUGGACAUCCCAAAAGUCCAUCAACACCCUCGAAUACAUGAAACGAUAUGCAUUCGAUGUGGCGAUCAUGUCAGCGUUUGGGGACAAAGAAGAGCCCACUGAAAUCGAAGCAAUAAAGCUUCUUUAUCAACGUCUAGAGAAGGGUUACAACUCCAUGCCUUUAGACCUACCUGGCACACUUUUUCACAAAUCCAUGAAGGCAAGAAGGGAAUUAAGUGAAGAAUUAAGGAGAAUGAUAAAGAAGAGAAGGGGGAGUGGGAAAGAAGGAGGAGGACUAUUGGGAGUACUACUCGGAGCAAAGGAUCAGAAACGCAACGGGCUAAGUGAUUCACAAAUCGCCGACAACAUCAUCGGGGUGAUCUUCGCCGCCACCGACACAACAGCUUCUGUCUUAACUUGGCUUCUCAAGUACUUGCACGACCACCCCAAUCUCCUUCAAGAAGUCACCAGGGAGCAACUCGGUAUUCAACAAAAAAUAAAAGAAGAAAACCGAAGAAUCUCAUGGGAAGAUACAAGAAAAAUGCCACUGACUUCAAGGGUGAUACAAGAGACACUACGAGCAGCAAGUGUAUUGUCCUUUACGUUCAGAGAAGCAGUACAAGACGUCGAGUACGAUGGCUACUUGAUCCCAAAGGGUUGGAAGGUUCUUCCUCUUUUCCGACGAAUCCAUCACUCUCCCGAAUUCUUCCCGGAUCCCGAAAAAUUCGAUCCUUCUCGAUUCGAGGUGUCACCAAAACCUUACACGUACAUGCCAUUUGGGAAUGGAGUGCACUCAUGUCCAGGAAGUGAGCUGGCUAAACUUGAGAUGCUUAUCCUCCUUCACCACCUCACUACUUCCCUCAGAUGGGAAGUUGAAGGAGGUGAGGAAGGAAUACAAUAUGGUCCUUUCCCUGUGCCCAAGAAGGGUUUACCAAUAAGAGUAACUCCAAUUUAAGCCUAAGGCAUAAUUUGGAGUUUUAAAAAAAGUAUUUAAUCCAAUAAUUUAUGUUUUAGUUUCUCUAUAAGUAGAAUUUUUUUUU